AUGUCUUACAUUGUACCAAUCCACCCUCCGAGUGGUGUACGCCACGCCAUCAAGUUGAAUUUCUUAGAUCCUACCACUGAUACGCUCAUUGUCUCGAAAGCGAAUCGACUCGAAAUAUUCGAGCAAGGACCAGAAGGCUUAAGCCUGCUGCACACGAAGGUCAUACCCGGCUACAUCACCAUCCUUGAGAAGCUCCGCCCAGAGUCUUCCAAGACCGAUCACCUUUUCGUCGGCACCGAUUGCUACCAGUACUUCACCUGUUCAUGGAAUGCGCAGACAAAACAGCUACGAACAGAGCAGAGCUAUGUGGAUUUGGCGGACAAGGCUCUUCACAGCUCGCAAGAGGCGGACAGAGGCCAUGUAGAUCCAACGCGGCGAUACAUGACGUUGGAGCUAUACGAUGGAGUAAUAUCAGUGUUGCCUUUCAUUCAACCUUCCAACAAACGGGUCAAAAGGGAAACCACUUCCACCACUCAGGUGGGAGCCCUUGGGGAGCCGGUGCAGGUCAGAAUCGAAGAGUUGUUGACGAGAUCGUCUGCUUUCUUGGACAUGGAUCCCGACUCAAAAGACAAUCCGAGGCUGGCGAUCUUGUGGGAAGACAAUUUGGAGUUCCCGCAAUUGGUGCUAAGAGAGCUCAAGUACCGCCCUGGGGGAGAGCAGGCAUCUGCAGAUUUGGAGAAAGUGGCCGAACUCAAGGGUAACCAGCUCGACAAAGGCGUGAGCCACCUCAUUCCCGUCCCCGUUCCUUAUGGAGGCUUUCUGAUUCUGGGCGACCACGCCAUUCGCUACGUCGACCGCGACCUCACCAAUGUCAUAACUCAGAAGAUUCCAGAGGGUGGCCCAGCGAUAUGGACCACUUGGGCGAAAGUCGACGAUCGACGGUGGCUGCUUGCAGAUGACUAUGGCAAAUUGUUCUUUUUGAUGAUCGAAACUAGCUUCUCCGAGGUGAUCUCAUGGAGACUCGAUCCUGUCGGAGUUACCUCGAGGGCCUCUUCCUUGAUCUAUCUCGAUGAGGGCAACGUCUUUGUCGGUUCACAUUCAGGCGAUUCACAAGUUGUGCAUAUCGAAGAGGAAGGGGUUCGUGUCAUACAGACCCUUCCCAACAUUGCGCCUAUCCUCGACUUCACCAUUAUGGAUCUAGGUCGAGGUUCCGAAGGUAAUGCAGCUCUUGAAUUCUCUUCUGGUCAGGCCAGGAUAGUGGCAGCCUCUGGGGCUUGGCAGGAUGGUAGCAUUCGGAGCGUCAGAAGUGGUGUUGGACUGGAAGAGAUUGGCUCUAUUGGCGAGCUCUCUCACAUUAUCGACCUAUGGGGCUUGAGCUCAACAGGUCUGGAUGACACCCAAGACACUUUGCUUGUGUCUUUCGUCAACGAGACUCGAAUAUUCAAAUUUGAUGCCGAAGCCUCGGUUGAAGAAGUUGAUGAUUUUAAUCAUCUCGAGUUCUCUCAGCCAACGCUGCUCGCAACAAAUCUUCCAGACCGAAAGCUCGUCCAAGUCUAUGAGACUGGUUUUCGAAUUACAGAUCUUGAGUCGAGUAUGCUGACAAUGGAAUGGAAAUCGCCCGAUGCGGCGGCCAAGAUAACGGCUGCGAGUGCCUCUUCAGCCCAUCUGCUCCUUGUGGAAGGUGGUCACACUCUUCACGUCUUCCACGUUACGAACAGCGCGGCCAAACCCGCCGUCUCGAAGACCUUCCCGCCCAAUUCGCAGAUAUCAGGUGUGACCAUUCCAGACACACAGAGUAGCAUCUGUAUCGUGUCAUUCUGGCAAACAGCCUCUGUUGCCAUUCUCGACCUACACUCCCUGGAUACCCUCUAUUCACAGGUGGUUGGCAGUCCUGGGACAGAUAUCCCACGAUCAGUCCUGGUUGCUAACGUCGUGCCUGACAGCCCCCCGACUUUGUUCGUUGCAAUGGCCGACGGCACAGUUCUGUCAUAUUCUGUUGACCCCUUGAAGAGUGCUCUGUCGGGUAUGACGAGGAUCUUAUUGGGGACAGAGCCCGUGUUCUUCAAACAACUACCCAAGGAUCGACGGUCAGGAUUGUUUAAUAUCUUCGCUUCUUGCGAACAGCCCUCCUUGAUCUAUUCCUCUGAAGGCCGCAUUAUAUACUCAGCUGUAAAUACUGAUAGUGCCUCUCGUGUGUGCAGCUUCAAUUCCGAAGCAUAUCCUGAGGCCAUUGCUAUAGCGACUCCAAGCGAGCUGAAGCUGGCCUUGAUCGGUACGGAGAGGACGACUCAAGUGCAAACCCUCCCCAUUCAUGAAACAGUCAGAUGUCUCACCUACGAACCCAAGGCUAAGAUAUUCGCGAUGGGCUGCGUCACUCGAGACAUCGAAGAUGGCGAGGAAGUGACGAUGAGCUCCGUCAAGAUUGCAGAUGAGGUGAGCUUCAGGGAGUUGGACGCAAUAGAACUGGGAAACAACGAGUUGGUAGAGUGUGUUGUUUCGACUGGCUCGUUCGAGACGGAGACCGAAUCCCGUACCUACGGAGAGAUGUUUGUGGUAGGGACAAGCUUUAUCGAGGAAAAAGAGUCUGUGGAGUGGCCGAGAGGCCGAAUUCUUGUUUACGAGGUCAACAAAGAGAACAAGUUGAUGGAAGUUACACAACUCCAGGUCAAGGCUGCGUGUAAAAGUCUAGCCAUGUGUGACGGCAAGCUUGUGGCGGGCUUGAUGAAGACGAUCGUUCUUUACGGUUUCGUGCCUUCAUCAACAAGAGGAGACCCCUCCCUCAGACUGGAAAAGCUGGCCACCUACCGCACAUCGACAAACCCACUGUCUCUUGCCGUCAAGCCCGCCUCUCUCGACGAACCCGCCUCAAUUGCUGUCGCCGAUCUAAUGAAAUCGCUAUCCAUCCUUCAAGUCAUCUAUGAUUCUUCUUCGUCCACGGGCUACUCGCUACCAGAAAUAUCCCGCCAUUUUGCUACAGUCUGGUCCUCAGCCACUGCGAUCAUAAUGGAAAACGAGUGGGUUCUUGCCGACAUGGAAGGCAACUUAAUCAUGCUUCGCCAAACCAGAGAUGUCAAUAAGCCUAGUGGUUUCGACUACCGGCUAGAAGUUACGGGGGAGUUCCGACUGAAUGAGGUCGUCAACCAAAUUGUCCCCUUAGCACGCACUCCAGCAUCACCAGGAAAAAACAGGAACAGCCACGGAAAGAAUCCGGAGUUGGUCGAGGACCUUUCAAACCCCGAUGGUCGGCGUUAUGACAGCGCUGAGCAGUCGGUCGCCCCCGAGGCUUCCCGGAAGGGACCGGUCGUUACGCCGCGGGCAUUCGUGGCGACCGUCGAGGGUGCGAUAUAUAUGCUUGCAACCAUCAAUCCGGGUUUCGUGAACGUGCUUCUGACCUUGCAGUCCGCGUUGGCGAGUCGAGUGCAGACCCCAGGCUAUAUGCCUUGGAGUAAAUUCCGGGCAUUCAAGACUAAUAUUUUGGAGAAAGAUGAGCCGUUCAGAGUGGUGGACGGAGAGAUGUUAGAACAGGCGUUACUAAGCAUGAGUGAUGAAGAGCUGGAAGAAGUUAUAAGGGAAGGCGGCUUGAUGGAGGGGCAAUUGGGAGUGACAAUACAAGAGGUCAGGGCGUGGGGGGAACAGCUGAGGCGGUUGCGUUAG